UAAUAGUGCACUGAUGCACAAUAAAUGAAUAUGAACCAAAUUUAUUUAAAAGUUUGUAUAUUAAAAUCGUAUUAACUUUACAAAUUCCGAUUUACCGCUUUGUAAUUUGUAAACCGAUUGUCUGAGUAUGCAACAAAAGUUUUUGAUUGUUUAAAAAAAAAAAAAAAAGAAAAAAAAAAAGAAAAAGAAAAAAACAAAAGUUUUUGAAAAAUCAAGUACUAGUUAGUUCGUACCAAACAUUUCCAUUGUCUUUCCAACUUUUGUAGUCACUUUUACUAGUGCACUGUUUUUUUUCUCAUGGAAACAUACCCUUUACCUCAGGGCUCCCUUCAUCUGGGCUUGGAUUGUUCUACUCAGUCCUUAAAGGCUACUGUUUUGGAUUCCAACAUUGUAAUUGUUGCCACAGAAUUUGUGCAUUUUGAUUCAGACUUACCCCAUUACAAAACCAAAGAUGGGGUAUAUCGCGAUUCGGCAAUUAAUGGCCGGAUUGUUUCCCCUACUAUAAUGUGGGUUGAAGCCCUUGACUUGAUGCUUGAAAAACUAAACAAGAAAGUAGACUAUACAAAGAUUGUUUCAAUUUCUGGGAGUGCACAACAACAUGGUAGUGUAUAUUGGAAAAAUGGGAGUUCUAUGGUAUUAUCAUCUCUUGAUCCCGAAAAGAGGUUAAAAGAUCAAUUAAGUGAGUCAUUUUCUUUGAAAGAGUCACCAAUAUGGAUGGACUGUAGCACAACAGAACAAUGUAGGAAGAUUGAAGAAGCUGUUGGGGGUGCAUUUGAGUUACAUCGUCUCACUGGGUCUCGGGCCCAUGAAAGAUAUGUCGGCCCACAAGUCCGGAAGAUUUAUGAGACAAGGCCUGAAAUAUACAAUAAUACUGAGAGGAUAUCCCUUGUUAGUUCUUUUAUGGGAUCUCUUCUUAUUGGUGCAUAUGCUUGCAUUGAUGAAACAGAUGGAGCAGGGAUGAACUUAAUGGAUAUAAAGAAACGAGAGUGGUCAAAUUUGGCUUUGGAAGCAACCACACCGUCUUUGAAAGAGAAGCUUGGAAAGCUUGCUCCAGCUUUUGCUGUUUCUGGUUACAUUGCCUCAUAUUUUGUCAACAGAUUCAAGUUCAACGAGGAAUGUUUGGUUAUUCAGUGGUCAGGAGAUAAUCCAAACAGCCUUGCUGGUUUGACACUCAACUAUGGUGAUCUUGCAAUAAGUCUUGGCACAAGUGACACGGUAUUUGGAAUAAUUGAUGAUCCUCAACCUUGCUUAGAAAGCCAUGUUUUCCCAAAUCCUGUUGACACAAAAGGCUAUAUGGUGAUGCUAGUCUACAAGAAUGGAUCUCUUACUAGGGAAGAUAUCCGCAACCGAUAUGCAGAGAAUUCUUGGGAAGUUUUUAACAAGUAUCUGCAGCAAACGCCGCCUCUUAAUGAAGGGAAGUUGGGAUUUUACUACAAAGAGCAUGAAAUUCUUCCUCCUCUACCUGUUGGUUUCCACAGAUAUGCUCUUAAAAAUUUCGCAAGUGAUAGUAUGGAUGGUGUGAUUGCACAGGAGAUGCAAGAGUUUGAUGCUCCGUUUGAGGUCCGAGCACUAAUAGAGGGUCAGCUGCUAUCUAUGCGAGCACAUGCUGAAAGAGUAGGGAUGGUUCUUCCACCAAAGCGCCUAAUAGCCACAGGUGGAGCAUCAUCAAACGAGUGCAUUCUUAAUGCUAUUGCUUCUAUAUUUGGAUGUGAUGUACAUACUGUCCCAAGGCCAGAUUCAGCAUCCAUGGGAGCUGCACUUAGAGCUGCCCAUGGUUGGACAUGCCACAAAAGGGGGAGUUUUGUUCCUGUUCGGAUGUUGUACGAAGACCGGUUGGAGAAGACAUCUCUCAGUUCUAAGCUUUCUGUGAAUGCUGGGGACCCAAUUUUGUCAUCAAAAUAUGCAAUGCUGAUGAGGAAGCGAAUAGAAAUUGAAGACCACCUUGUCAAGCAGUUUGGACGUGUAUAAAUUUAAAUCGUUAAUAAGUUAAAACGUUCUGUUUGUUUUAAAAAAAAUUACGUUACGUUGUGAAUAGUGAUGCGUGACGACAAUGUACUUAGAUUUAAUGUUUCAACUAAUUUUGCCCAUAAAAUAAUACUACUAACUUCGUUACAAUUUAUUUACAACGAUUAAAGUGUGAAUAGAAAAUAUCUAAACGUUGCAAAUAAUUUGUAAUGGUGGUAGUAAACUAAACUUGGCAGACUUGCAUUGUACCCAAAACUCUAAGAACAUGUACAAUGGUGGGGAUUCAUGAAUCCCCUUAAUUCUUCUC